UGAAAAUUAGCCUGGCUUCCAAGAGAGCCACACAGCCUGCCUUCCCAGACCUCCAAAGGAAGAGGCCCUGGGGAAGAUCAGGCCCUGGGGAAGAUCAGGUCCCCAGAAAAUCAGUCCCUGGGGAAGAUCAGGUCCUGGGGAAGAUCAAGCCCUGGGGAAAAAUCAGGCCCUGGGGAAGAUCAAGCCCUGAGGAAGAUCAAGCCCUGGGGAAGAUCAGGUCCCCAGAAAAUCAGGCCCUGGGGAAGAUCAGGCCCUCAAGCUUACUCCUGCAGCCAGGAAGUGUCUCUCCGGUGCCCGGGACUCUCUGCAGCUGGAGUCUGACAUGGAGAAGCCGUCACCAUCCCAGGAGGAAAUUGCUGAGCAGAUCACCCUGGACCCUCUGCUGCCAAAAGAAGCCGGCGUGGGGCGCGGGGAAGCCAAGCCGCCGGGACCCGCCGCCGACUCCCGGGCAGAAGCCCCGAGCCCCGAGGCCAUGAGGGUGAACGAGAAGUACUCGUCGCUGCCCGCCGCGGCCGACAGGGGCGUGCACAUCAUCAACAUCCGCGCCAUCGACGACCUGGGCUACCUGCAGUCCGAGGGCACGCUGCUGAAUUCGCUGGGUGUGGACCCCGAUGCCAAAUGUAAGUAUGGCCUCUACUUUCAAGAUGGCCGGAGGAAAGUGGAUUACGUCCUGGUCUACCACUACAAGAAGACGGGCAGUCACAAUAUCCUGGCUCGAGUCCUCCAUGUGGAUCCCCCCCAGGGGUCCCAGAGCCUCAAGCAGGAGCCUUUGCCCGGCAAGGAGAGCUCCACGGACAUGACAGAGUUUGACCAUCACGAGGCUGACAAGCGGGCUCGCCGGGAAGAGUAUGAGAGCAACCUCCGGGAGGCUGGACUCGAGCUGGAGAAGGAUGAGGAUACUAAACUACACGGAAUCGGGUUUGUGAAAGUCCACGCACCCUGGAACGUCCUGUGCCGAGAGGCCGAAUUUUUGAAACUCAAAAUGCCCACCAAGAAGGUGUACCAGAUCUACCAGAGCCGUGGCCUGCUCGCCAAGCUCAACUCGGUGGUGCAGAAGAUCACGGAGCCCAUCCAGCCCCGGGUGGCCGACUACCGGGCCCAGAACGUGAAGCGGCUCUCCUUCGGCUUCUCCCGGGAGAAGAAGCACCUGUUUGACCUGACCGACAAGGACUCCUUUUUUGACAGCAAGACCCGGAGCACCAUAGUCUAUGAAAUUCUGAAGAGAACGACUUGCUCCAAGGCCAGCACGGGGCAAGGAGAGGCAAGAAAGAAGGAUUCUGCCCUUUUAAGUAAAAGGAGAAAAUGUGGUCAAUACGGCAUCACCAGCCUCCUGGCCAAUGGGAUCUACACCGCGGCCUACCCCCUGCACGACGGUGACUUUAAAGGAGAAGACGUUGAGAUGAAUGACAGAAAAAUUCUGUGUGAGGAGUGGGCCACCUAUGGAGCCUUCUACAAGUACCAGCCCAUUGACCUGAUCAGGAAGUAUUUUGGAGAGAAGGUGGGCCUGUACUUUGCCUGGCUGGGCGUCUACACUGAGAUGCUUAUUCCAGCUUCCAUCGUCGGGAUCAUCGUCUUCCUCUACGGGUGUCUCACUGUCGACGAUAACAUACCCAGCAUGGAGAUGUGCGACCACCGUAACAACAUCACCAUGUGCCCCCUGUGCGACCGGACCUGCAGCUACUGGAAGCUGAGCUCCGCCUGCGCCACGGCCCGCGCCAGCCACUUCUUCGACAACCCGGCCACCGUCUUCUUCUCCAUCUUCAUGGCGCUGUGGGCGGCCACAUUUAUGGAGCACUGGAAGAGAAAACAGAUGCGGCUCAACUAUAUAUGGGACCUGACGGGGUUCGAGGAGGAAGAGGAGACCGUCAAGGCUCACCCGCGGGCGGAGUACGAAGCCAAGGUCUUUAAGAAAUCCCUUCAGAAAGAAUCCCACCAGCACCGGGAGGUCUAUAAGGAGAAGCUAGCGGGAAGGGGUUUGGGCCCCCCCCCCCCGCACACGCGCCACCGCCCGCCCGAGUUAUCCAGUUCGGGCGCACCCGUUCGUGGCCUCCUUUUCCCGCUGGGCCCUUCCGCGCUCAACAACAUCAUCGAGAUCCGCCUGGACGCCAAGAAGUUUGUGACCGAGCUGCGCAGGCCCGUGGCCGUCCGGGCCAAGGACAUAGGCAACUGGUACAAUAUUCUGCGAUGUUUAGCAAAACUGGCCGUCAUCAUCAACGCGUUCGUCAUCUCCUUCACCUCAGAUUUCAUCCCCCGCCUCGUGUAUCGCUACAUGUACAGCGACGAUGGCUCCAUGCACGGCUUCGUGAACCACACGCUCUCCUAUUUCAACGUCACUGACUUCCAAGCGGGGACAGCCCCCAAUGACCCCAUGGAGCUGGGCUAUGAGGUGCAGAUAUGCAGGUAUAAAGAUUACCGAGAGCCUCCUUGGUCCGAAAACAAGUAUGAGUUAUCCAAGGAUUUCUGGACCGUGCUGGCCGUCCGACUGGCCUUUGUGAUAGUCUUCCAGAACCUGGUCAUGUUCAUGAGUGACUUUGUAGACUGGAUCAUCCCCGACAUUCCCAAGGAUAUCAGCCAGCAGAUUCACAAGGAGAAAGUCCUCCUGGUGGAUCUCUUCAUGAAGGAGGAGCAGGGCAAGCAGCAGAUGCUGGAUAUCUGGAGGGAUGUCCUCCCGAGUGACAGCUACAAUAGCCACAGCCCCACAUCCUCCAGGACCCAGAGAAGUAGCUUGACGUCCAAAGGUUCCUACAACGUGGCGGUUUAGCAGGAGGGAGGC